UAACAAAAGUAAUUGUGUAAUAAUCGUGUGAAAGUGAAAAUUGUGUAAAUCUCUUGAAAGUCAAAGAAAAGCAGAAAGAGUUUUCUAACCGGGGUUUUGACAUGCAUCAAGUGGUUACAUAUGAUGAUUCAUAAUUAAAUUAGAGAUAAAAAGAAGUUUUUCCCAGUGGGAAUGAAGGUAGGUUAAUACCCGAGUCUGUUUACCCAUGUUUAUGCUAUAGCUUGAUGGAAGGAAGGGUGGAGACUAAAAAAAGGGCGUAGGAGAGGCAGAGGAGAAACCUUGAAUGAGAGAUCAGUAUACACCAGAGCGCACAGAUGCAGCAGACUGUAAGUCUCAUCUGACUGCAACUAAACGAGCCGUGUUAAAUGACAAAACUUCCUCGACUGAGAAGGAUUCAUUUUGACCAGUCUCUCUGAUAAAAAAGAAAUCAGACAGAGACUAUGAAGAUUAUUUUUGACAAAUCCACUAAGACAGUCCGCUGCUGAGAGGAGCUCUCCAUGUGAUGCCUCACUUUUACGCAACAGGUUCUGCGACAUAAAUUUUUGAACAGCAUCAACUCCGAUCCCAUGUAGGGAGAAGAAGAAGAAGUAUGCUGUCACCGUUUUGGCCCUUUGGCAUCGAGCAGGAGAUCAACUCAUGGGAUGUAGUGGAUGCAGAGUCAGGGUCAACUUUGGAAAGGUGCUGUCCAAAGUCUCGGUGUUUUUUACCAUGGUCCUGAUCUUCACCUACUUCUUCUACUGCCUCACCGGAUUCUGCGAUUCGGCUCCGAGAACUUUGUACAGUCAGCAAGCUUUAGACAGCGACUAUGACAUUUUGGACGAUCGUCGCCGCGUACUGGACGACCUGCGACCGCCGCCGUCGCCGCGUCUCUUCCCCGACGCGCCGUCUCAACGGAACCGCACAGCCUCCGCGGACGCAGAGCGGGUGGGACAGCUGCCUCAGCAGCACUUAUCGGACGGCGCGGAGGAGAGCAACGGCAUCCCCGUGUCCAACACCUUCGGGACCAAAAGGUUUCCGCAGGCGAUUAUAAUCGGCGUGAAGAAAGGGGGAACCCGAGCGCUGCUGGAGUUUCUCCGCAUCCACCCGGACGUGAGAGCGGUCGGCGCGGAGCCUCACUUCUUCGACAGGUUUUACGAUAAAGGGCUGGAGUGGUACAGGAACCUGAUGCCUCGGACACUGGACGGUCAGAUCACCAUGGAGAAGACCCCCAGCUACUUUGUCACAAAGGAGGCUCCUAGCCGUGUCUGCACUAUGAACUGCCAAACUAAGCUCAUUGUGGUGGUUAGGGAUCCUGUGACACGGGCUGUAUCUGACUACACCCAGACACUGUCCAAGAACCCAGGCCUUCCAUCCUUCCAGAGCCUGGCCUUGAAAAACUCCUCCACAGGUCUGAUUGACACCACGUGGAGCGCCGUGCGCAUCGGCCUCUACGCCAAACAUCUGGAGAACUGGCUCCAGCACUUCCCCUUGUCUCAUUUUCUGUUUGUUAGCGGUGAGCGGUUGGUGUCUGAUCCGGCUGGGGAGAUGGGCCGGGUUCAGGACUUCCUGGGUCUGAAAAGGGUUGUCUCAGACAAACACUUCUACUUUAACCAGACCAAAGGUUUCCCCUGCUUGAAGAAGCCCGAGGGAAGCAGCAGACCUCGCUGCCUUGGAAAGUCUAAGGGUAGACCUCAUCCUCAGAUCCCCUCUGAGGUUCUACAGAGACUUAGAGACUUCUACAGGCCCUUCAACCACCGUUUCUACCAGAUGAGCGGUCAAGACUUCGGCUGGGACUAACCGAGGAGGAUCCUGUCAUAGCCCAGAUAAAAGGCAGUCUCUUACUCUUUGGAGAGAUUGACUGUUUAAUGCUAUACAGGGCUAACAUUCUCAGGGACAGGGUAGAGGAAUAGUCCACAAACUGGGACUCCUUUUGGACAUUUCUGCCUCAGUGGAAUCAACGUUAUAUGCAGCACUCAUGAACUGUCACUAUUUUGUUGUAGAGUAGAGGCCGACAUGGGCAGUGCUGCCAAUAUGCAAGUUACAUACAUAAUUAAAGGCUUAGUUAUUAAACCUUUAAACCAUUCUCUUGCUUGUAUGUUAAUGUUGUAUGAAAGCAGCAAACUAGGUACCAAAGGGAAAGCAAAAAAUAUUGCCUUUGAAUGUCAUGUUUGACUUGCUUUAUGUUUUGUUCAUAAAAUAAGCUGAUAUUUAUAGUUUCUGUUGAUUUGAAAUACAACAGUUACAUUUUUUUUUAAUGAGAGAAAUGUAUUUAUUACACGACAAAGCAAGAAACUGACUACAUGUUCACUGACAGGACAUUGGAAAAAAUGUCAUGCUUCAAGACAAACCACUAUUUCUUUUUAAUUAUUAGCAGUGUUACUAAAAUCAACUGCAUUUAUAUUUUUAUUACGUUUACUGUUUCCAAAUGGCCUUUGGGAUGCUACAUAUCUUAGUUUGGUGUUGCAAGAUAUUUUCCUGUGUAUUGCAGUUAAUAUACCAGUAAUACCUCAUCUAUAAAUAUUAAAUGUGCAACAGUGAUCAGAGAACACACAUACAGACAUUUCACUUGUAGAUAUUUGUAGAUAUUUUUCCCCAUGUCACUGUUUCUGUUGCCUUGGACAGCACCAACUGUAUCAGCUGUUAGUCAUUUACAAUAAAUUACUAUUUUGAUCUGUGAUUAUUUUAAAACACUCUUAAUUCUAUAUGUAAAGUACGCAAAGCACAGUGGUGUGUAUGAAACUUUCAAUAUGACUCUGAUUCUUUGGUGAAGUAAACUUUUAUCUCACAUGA